GUUUCUUACGCAUCUCUAAUGUCAAAUAAAGCAAUGUUGAAAAAGUUAGUUCUUGAGGAACUUUUUAUAAAUUGUUUUGAUGUUUGUAGUGGUUUUGUAAGGAUUUAAUUUAUUACUUGCUCUGUGGGAGACGUUCAGAGUUCAAGUGACCCUUCAUUUUACGAAUUAAGCCAGAAUUUAUAAAUUUCAAGUGGUUUUAAGAUGUGCGACGAGUACGAAUUGUUUGAAUACUUGGAGAGUGAAUACCGGAUGGAGAGAAGAAAUAAGCGUCGUCGGUUAAGGCAAAUUAAUGACCCUUUCGAAUUGGAGGAUAGAGAGUUUAUAAAUGAAUAUAGAUUAUCACCAGAUUUGGUUAGAGAUCUGUGUGAGGAGUUGGAGCCUAAUUUAAAGACUCGACCUAAACGAUCCAAUGAUUUAAGCAUUGAAACAAAGGUGUUAACAGCAGUGUAUUUAUAUGCACAUGGGUCUUAUCAGAAACCCACUGGUAAAGCUCAAAGUAUUGCGCAGCAGACUGUCUCUUCUGUAUUAUCAGAGGUUACAGCUGCUUUAAAUAAUUUAGAAAUCAGAAAUAAAUACAUUAAAUUUCCCCAAAAUACUGCAGAACGUAAUACAAAUAAGUUAAGAUUUUAUGAAAAAUUUGGUAUUCCUGGUGUGAUUGGAUGCAUUGAUUGUUCCCAUAUUGCAAUAGUAAGACCCAAUGAACAUGAAGAAAGGUAUUAUUGCAGAAAAAAUUAUCAUUCCCUAAAUGUUCAAUUGAUUUGUAAUGCUGAUAUGGAUAUAAUCAGUGUUGAUGCAAGUCAUCCUGGUGCCAACCACGAUUCUUUUAUCUGGAAUAACCACCCCCUUAGAUCUCAUUUAGAAAAUUUGAGUGCAUCAGAGGCUAUAUAGCUUUUAGGGGAUUCCGGUUAUCCAUUAAGAAAAACUAUGAUGACGCCAAUUUUGGAGGCAGCACCAGAAUCACCAGAAGCUCAUUACACUAAGCUACAUGUGAAAGCGAGAAAUACUAUUGAGAGAACAAUAGGUGUUUUAAAAGCUCGCUUUCGUUGUCUAUUAGUUCACAGAGUGUUGCAUUAUCAACCUCAAAUAGCUGGCUAUAUUACAAAUGCGUGUAUAAUUUUGCACAAUAUUUGUAAUGCAGCCGGUUUAUCAAUACCUGAUCUGUCUGCAGAGGAGAACCAACAAGAGGCCUUAAUGCAACCACCUGUAGUACCUUAAGACCCAGUAGGACGACAAAACCGUGAAUUGCAAGUUGGUACUGCUACACGCCGGGAUCUCGUUGCCCGUCUCUGGGCACUUCAUCAGACACACUGAAAACAAAUUAUUUUGGUUUAGUAGAUAAAUUUAGUAAUGUUGAUAAAUAACGGUAGCUUUAGGAAGUUAAAAAUGUAUGCAGUGUUGAAAUAUAUAUAUGGGAAUACCAAUCAUUGUUAUAUACAUACAUAUGUAGUACAUAUUAUUUCACACCAUAUUCAUAUUCAUAGAUACAAAAUCUUUACAACUGUACACUAUUAUGUUUUCAACAAAACUGAAUUAUCUCUUUUUCUAUUACAUAUUACUUAAGUAGAAUCUGUUUAACCAUUUGGUUGUCGGUGUUGGUGUGCUUCUAGUUUGAAAUUAUUGUUUAAAUAAAUGAAUGAAGAUUA